AUGUUUUGGUCGUUCUUCGAUUAUGUGUCGGCCCAUGUGGAGCGCCUGUACGAUUGGAUCAAUUCGGCUCUCUUCCAAACGUGGGAUGCCAUUGACGAUUACCUGACGACUGGCGCGUCGGCGACAAGGGCGCUUCAGGAAAAGCACGCCGGUGUGAGCCGCUUCAUCGACACAGCCUUGUCCUUUUUCGACGACUACCAGGUCAUCAACGGGGUGCCUGUGUUUGCUCUGGGAUCCCCUGAUAUUCCUGGACGCAGGCAGCACUCCAAGGCGAUUCGUGCGGGAUUGACCCCCCGGACCCCCAGGCUGUUGGGUCACCCCGUUGAGGAGGUUGCAUCGUCGACCUCAGAGGAGGAGGUCCCUGAGAUCACCCACACGUCUUUCUCGCCUGAUGGCACAAGACUGCUCACGGGAUACACAAAUGGUGAUGUGUGUGUCUGGGAUGCCCAGCAUGGCAACCUGCUCACAACCCUGAAGGAUCGCCACAAAUGCCAGAUCGUGGCCUGCAACUUCAUCGGUGUCUCAAACAAUGUUGUUGCCUCAGUUGACACUGCGUACCACAUUGUGCGGUGGGAUCUGACCACAAGGGAAGCAGUGGAGAAUGAACUGAAACAAGAGCAAGGUGCUGAGGCCCUUGAUCCAGACCUCUGCCAAAUUGGGUUCAGCAAGGAUGGCACUGUGAUGGGAUUGGCUUCAAACACGCCUGUGGAUUUCACUGUCCAUUCAAGGGCUGUGAUACCAUUCGACAGGCGUGAUUCAACUGCAGCUCGUACCUCAAGGAAACAGCUUCUCUCUCUCCGGAAAGAUCGAGGCUUGCGAGUUGCGUACCUCGAUGUGUACAGGAUGGAUUCUGGCUGGAAAGGUGUCGACCUCAGAAGGGAGCAGAAGCUUACUGUUGUUUGGAGUCCAGAUGUGCCCAAGACUCUCAAUGGUGUGCAUUUCUCUGAGAAUGGGAGGGGGGUGCUUGUUGGCUUGUACUCCUUGUCAAACAAGGCGUCUGGAUCGGUGGUCCUGUGGCCGGAUUGGUCCAAGCCUGGCACGAGCAUCUCCCUUUCUGGAAGUCUUGGGAGCUGGUCAUGGGAUGGCAGCCUGGUGGUGACAUGGGACCCGUUCAUUCAGCGGACAAGUGUCCGGGCAGGGUCCUCAAGGGGCACGUGCUUCGUUUGGGAUGUUGACGACAUCAGGUCCAAGAUAAAUAGUGCAGACGACUUAUUUUGGGAUAAAGAGCAUCAAAAGGAGAUGGGAAUUCGGCUCAAGGACCGAGUACAGGAGCAUCCAAAUAUGGGCCCCAAGUAUGAAGCUCGGAAGCCUUUGUUUGAGGAUUCGCAGAAUGCCUUGUGGGCAAGGUUCGUGGCAUCACCAGUUGGGGAUGAAUGCCACAAGCUUGCUGUCUGUACUGUGGGCAAAGAGAUUGUGUUCCGAAUUUGGAGUGUGGAAACGAACACACUUGUUCAGACGUUGCACACUGGAGUUAAAAUGACAAACGCACUGGCAAACUGGGUGGGUGAAUUUGUUGCAGGCAAUGAGACGGAGAGCGUGGGCAUCUCGCCAGACCGAAAGUGGCUUGGCCUGUAUGUGGCUGAGGAGAACAAGGGAUUCAUCUGGAAUGCAGUGCAGGGUGUGACCUUCCUGAACAUCAGUCUGCCAGACAAGAUGGUUCAGGACUACAAGCUCAGCUUCGGGGGGCCUGGCUGCAGAAUGGUGAUGUCCGGCAGCGCUGGUGCCCUGCUGUGGGACACAGGGGCGAUCUGUAGCAGCUCGGAGCUUGGGUCAGGAAGGCAAAUGUACCACUACACAAUUCCUGAGGAGGCAUCAGAUGGGUCCAUAUACAAGUCAUUGAGCAGUUUGGAACAGCGGGAAGGGGAGAGCCAUCCCAUUGUCGACUUGAGGUUCUCUCUGGCAGGGGACAAGCUGGGGAUGAUCAGCAAAGGCCUGGCAAACAUGCAUGUGCUGGAUUUCAAAUCCCAGAUUCUGCUCCACCUCAAAAAGGAUGCAUCGCACUCCUGGCCCUUCAGUUCGUUCAAUUUUUCCCAUGACGGUCAUCGCCUGGCAGCAGUGCUGGAGGAUGCCAGUGUGCUCAUGUGGCACCUCGAUGACAAGCCAGGAGUGCACCAUGCCAAUGCAACCCUGGGGCGACUGCGGAACUCCUUGGUCACUUGCCUUGGUGUUGUCUUCUCUGUGGAUGGGAAAGGCAGGGAGACUGUGGUGGUGUGCGAUGACUCUGGGUCACUCAUCUGGCUGGACACAGAACACUGCAGGGAAACGCACUGGAUGGACAAUCUACGACCCAAGGAAUGCUCUGGUUGUAUGUUCAAAGCAGAUGGAUCAACCGCGACUCUGCUGACAGAGGCCAACAUUGCCAUCGUUAUUGACCUUCCCAGCCGCACACAGCUCAGGCGUGUUGAGUUUCUGUGCCCUCUGACAGAUGUUCUCAUAUUUCCUGAGAAUGUUUCAAACGAUGCAACCUUUGCUGUGGCUGGCUGGGAUGGCACCAGGGGGCUGCCUAUUGUGUGCGGCCCUCAAGAGAACGUCGAUUUGUCAAAUGCCGACAACAUCGCUGAGCACAUGACUAUAUCAGAUGACUGUGCAUGGCUCGCAAAAGACGUCAUCACUGGAACAACCACUGCAAGGAGCAAAGACCGGCUGCAGCAGUUGGGCUUGAAUGAUAGGGGAUGUCUCAUGGUGAUUCCCUUGCGAAUGUCUGCACGUGUCAAAGGGCUGGAAAGCGACAAGGUGCCAAAUCCAGAGGCGUUGGCGAUUUCAGUUGAUGGCCGCCGCAUUGCUUGUGCAGGGGCGCACCAGGUGGUCGUGUGGACACCGUAUGCGACGAAGGGGUGCGUCCCAGACUACUAUACUCUGCUUGUUGAUGGACUUUUGCAGAACAUGAAUGCAUGUGAGGCGGCUUUACAAGAGCAUGGUGCAGCAUUGAUGAACAACACAGACGACCGGGGAUUUCCCCUCCUUCUUAAUGCGGUCGUUGAUGAUAAUCUCGAUCUUGUUCGGACCUUAGUGAAAUACAGCCAGGAGACAAGGACACGGAUGCUUUUCCGCACACAGGGCAGCGAGAACAGCAAGAAUGCGCUGGAGCUGGCUAUUGAAGGCAGGUCACCAGAGAUUGCAGGAAUCUUGAUCAAGGCAAUGUACGACGGCACGUUGUCACGCACGAUGAUGGCACACAUUUUUGGAGAGUCUCUUGUUCAGCUGGGGCGCCAGUAUCCCACAUUGUUCCUUGAGGCCAUCAAGGGAGGGCCAAAGGGGGAGGGAAUGCCUGUGACGAUUGGGGAGAUUGUUGUACCAGAGGGAGUGCUCAAGAAAAGUGGCUUUGUGGUGGAAACAUUUCCAAAGUUUCUGGAUCACGAUGUGCAGCAGUUGUGGGGCAAGAUACAGCCUGGAAACAGGAGGCGGAUGACAGAAAUUGAGGUGCCAGCCCUUGCCAAGGCCUUUCCUUUCCCAAACUGCUGUCGGCUUGGGAUGGAUGGCUUGUUGAGGCCCCUGCUUGUUUCAAACGGCAUCCCUGAUGAAGCCUUCUCGACACCACUUGUGCACAGCAUCAUCGAAUUCAAGUGGCAAGCUUAUGCACACAAGAUGGUCAUCAAGGAGGCGACUAUCUAUGCCACCUACGUUGCUCUGUUUACUGCAUAUGCAGCUGCAUUGGGAUCUGAUGACGAGAACCAAGUCAACUUCGACGAAGAUAAAGUGGGGCCCUUUAUUGGUGAAUGGCAUGAGUCCCAAGCUGUGCUGCUGAUUUUAAGCGCCAUUAUGGGCUUCCUCAAUUUUGUGGUUGAAGUCAACCAGGUGGUGAAUGACUUCAAGGAUGGACGAAGAGCCCACUUCAAUGGCGUUUUUUACUGGGCUUUUUCGAAAUGGAAUCUUCUGGAGCUGCUGUCCUCCAUAAUGACGGCUUUUGUCAUCCCAGCGACUCAUUUCUCAGCCACUUCUGAGAGCAGGGAUCAGAGGGAAUCGGUGAUGGUGGCGAUCACCGCCAUUGUGCUGUGGUGGAAGCUGCUCUACUUUGCCACCCCUUUCAGAGCAACUGGCCCACUCGUGAUAUUGAUAUUUGAGGUUUUGAAAGACAUCGUAUUUUUCGUCGUGCUGCUCGCGGCCAUUAUGUUUGGCUUUUCUGUGGCAUUUUUUGUGACAUUUCGGCACGACAAACUGGCUCUCAAUGAAGACUUCAUGAACGAAGUGUGCGAUGGCAAGAAUGUCACCGACGAGUGCACAAGGAUGCUGAAAGUUGUGUGCGGUGGAGAGAACCGGGAAAACUGUGAAGACAAUGAUGUGUUCAGAGCAUUUGGGGACUACCAAAGGUCGCUGUUCACAACAUUCGGAAUGAUGCUGGGGGACUUCGACUUGGAGCUGUUCUUCACGGAUACCCACAGAUUCUUUCCAAGGGUGCUGUUUGUGGCCUACAUGGCUGCCAUGAUGAUUAUCAUGCUUAACCUGCUUAUCGGGCUGAUGGGGUUCUCGUUCUCAAGGGUCAAAGAGAGCGAGGACACCACCUUUUUGAAGGCGCGGGCUGCAACCAUUGAUGAUGUGGAGAGCAUGGCAUCUGCACAUACAAAGAAGAUCCUAGCGAAGCGUAUCAGCACCUUCCUUCACAUCAUUGUUCCACGAGAUGGCCCGAACGUUGGGAAGCGAAAGGAGGAGGAGGAGCAGCUGGAGGGUCGACUGGGGUAUGACAGUGGUGCAAUUUAA